AUGUUCCUCCCUUCAGCCCUUUUCCUAGCUAGCAUAUCCCUCCUAGCCCACCUCACGACCAGUCAGGCCCAACAACUCCUCCCUCUCCCCUCAGGAAGGGACUAUAACGUCACAAUCUCACACCUCCACUUCCACUCCCCCUCAAGCCCCGAUCCCUACCACCCCGACCCAACUGCAGGACGACAUGUGAUGAUCUCUGUCUUCUAUCCGCUACGCAAGAACAUCUGCAGCGGCAGGUGCUAUCCCGCAUACAUGCCCAAUGCUACAGCUGUAGUCUCCGGCGCACAGUUCUUCGGCAGUCAGCAGAACGACUCUCGUAUUUUCGAGAACAUCAAGUUCCAGGCUUGUUGUGGCGUUAAGCAGGGGAAUAUGACGAAUCCUACUGCAUAUCCAGUCGUCGUGAUUGAACCAAAUGUAGGGACGACGAGGUUUCUGUAUGGUGCAAUUGCACAGGAGAUUGCGAGUCAGGGCUAUGUAGUCGUGACCGUUGAUCAUCCGUAUGACAGCAGCAUCGUUGAAUUGGACCCGGGUUCUGGAUCCGAGAACAGCACAGCUUUGAAGAAAGUGGAACUAGAUCCGUUCGUGGCGAUGAAUCCCUGGAACGCAACGGUUACAAAGGCUUUUAAUACCCGGCUCUCAGACCUCGAAAUCGUAACCACCUCCCUCCGGAACUAUACAAUUCUGCAAUCCGCAGGGCUAAACACAACGCUCAUUCCCAUCCCUCAAAACGCAGCGUUCAACACACUGCCUGCUAACACCAACAUCAUCGGCCACGGUCUCGGCGGCUCCAUAUCCACUUAUCUAUCCACUCUUCCCUCCACCCCCUCUCCAUACCUCGCCGCGAACUCGAGCGUCUAUAUUAACCUCGCUGGCACACCCCCCCUCAUCCCCUCUGAUACCUACGCCCCGAUCCUCUUCUUCGGCCUCUCCCCUGGUUUCCGCCGCGAAGACUCUCCGCACUGGAACGCAUCCUGGCCGCACUUCCGCGGCGACGCCACAGAAUGGGACCUGUUUCCCGGCCAAAUAUACGACUACUCCGACCUCCCGCUGAUCCUCAACAUCACUUCCAGCGAGUACCCGGGCGCAAGGGAUAUGGUGAGGGGAGUGGGGCCAGUUGGUGGGAAAGUGGGGAUGAAGGUAGCGUGGGAGGUUACGACGAAGUGGGUUUGGGCGUACUUGGGGUUGAGUUGGGAGUGGAAGGGGAGGGCGAGUGUGGAGAGGAGGCUGAAUGAAUUUGUGGGGGAGUAUCAGGGGGUUAUGAGGACUUAUCCCAGAGUCUGA